AUAUUUUGAUAAGGAGGUAGAAAGCAAAAUAUCAGAAGUGAGAAGGUAUGGUAGGUGCAUGCAGAGCAGUAGCAGCACCACCCAUUUCCCAUCUUCCGUUGCGAAAUCCUAAAACCAUCAGAAUUAAGAAUUCUUGUCAUCAGAACAAAACCAAAGCUUUCAGAGCUCAACUUUCAAAUAGACGCUUGUUCCUUUUCUCUAUUCCCCUCUCUAGUUUCAUUUUCCUUCCUUUUCCUGCGUUUUGUGAAGGUGACAGUGUCAUUUCACAAGAGUAUGACCCGGUAACUCGUUCUGAAAGAGAUGCAAGUGCUUUAAUCUCACAAAGAGUUUCUCGUGGUGUUGAGUUGUUGGAGAAAGGUAGAGAGUUGCAGGCUCUUGGUGACUUCAAUGGCGCUCUUCAAUACUUUUCUCAGGUGAUUGAAAGCUACAAAGACCUAGCAUUCUCUGAGUAUGCAAGGGUAGGAAGAGCACUAGCCCUAUAUGAAAUUGGUGACAGAGAAGAAGCAAUAGCAGAGAUGGAAGACGUUUCAAUAUCACUAAAAGGGUAUCCAGAAGUACAUGCAGCUCUUGCAGCAGCCUUAUAUGCAGAUAAGCAUGCUGCGUUGCUUGCUGAAAACCAGUUUACAAUUGCAACUCUUCUUGAUCCUCAUUUUACAGAUCUUUCAUAUGUUAGAGACACAAAGCACUGGCCUCCGAGUUUGAUUAGUUCUCUGCAGCAUUUCAUUACACUAUCUUAAGACCUUACAUUAUAUUUAUACGUUUUGUUUAACACAUACUUUAGCAGUUAUAUGAAAACUUUCUCAGGUUUGGACCUUUAUUACAACUUCAAAUGUAUACCCUUGUUUUUUUUUUUUUUUUUUUACAUUAAUUUCUACUUCAACUCUUGUGAUUCUGAAAUGUAAAUCAACUGUGAUUUUUUUCUUUCUUU